GCGGACUGGGCGACUGCGGCGUCCUAAAGACGUUUCUACGAUCCACCCGCCAUAUAUAUUCUCAACGAUUUGUCUUUUUGAAGACCACGGAACGCAGGUUGAAGUUGUAGCGGUGGAGUGUUACCUGAAGUGAAGAUUGAAGACGUGAUAGAAGAUGGACGACUACUGCUAUGCUAAGAUGGCGACGUCCGCUAAAAGAGAACAUGAAAGAGAAUCAGCGCCACCAACUUCCAGCAAAUCACCAACGGAGAUAAAGACGAAAGAUGAAGACGUCCAGCAGCUGAUCGGUAAUCCAGAAGAAGUUUCCCCUCAGUUAGGGGGGAGCUCCACUUUGAAGCAGGAGACUCCACAACCACCCUGCAUUAAAAAGGAAGAGGAGGAACUCUGCAUCACUCAGGAGGGAGAGUGUCUUCUAGGACGAGAGGAAGCUGAUUACACCAAGUUUCCACUGAGUAUUCUCUCUGUGAAGACUGAAGAUGAUGAAGAGAAACCACAAGUAGACAACCUAUUAGCUCCACUAUCAGAUAGUGAGGCUGAAGACGAGGUUGAAGAACCUUUGAGCAGCGAUACAGACUGUGAAGGUGAUAUGAGGACUCACACUGACAACAAACACUCUGAAUGCUCUACAAAGAAGAGAGGUAAAACAUGUUUGAGCUGCUCAGUUUGUGCUGAAAGUUUUACUAAAAAGAGCCAAUUGACUCGGCACAUGAGAACACACACAGGUGAAAAACCAUUUAAGUGUUCAGUUUGUAGCAAAGAUUUUUCUCAAAAUAGCAUUUUGACUCGACACAUGAGAACACACACAGGUGAAAAACCGUUUCAGUGUUCAGUUUGUGGCAACAUUUUUUCUCAAAAUAGCAAUUUGACUAAACACAUGAGAACACACACAGGUGAAAAACCAUUUAAAUGUUCAGUUUGUGGCGUAAGCUUUUCUCAAAAUAGCAAUUUGACUAAACACAUGAGAACACACACAGGAGAAAAAACAUUUAAAUGUUCAGUUUGUGGCAAAAUAUUUUCUGUUAAGAAUAAUUUGACUAAACACAUGGGAAGACACAUAGGAGAAAAAACAUUUAGUUGUUCAGUUUGUGGCAAAAGUUUUUCUCGAAAUGGCUUGUUGACUCAACACAUGAGAACACACACCGGUGAAAAACCAUUCAAUUGUUCAGUUUGUGGCAAAAGCUUUCCUCAAAAUAGCCAUUUGACUCGACACAUGAGAACACACACAGGUGAAAAACCAUUUAGUUGUUCAGUUUGUGGCGAUAGCUUUUCUCAAAAUACCGCUUUGACUCACCACAUGAGAACACACACAGGUGAAAAACCAUUUAACUGUUCGAUAUGUGGUAAAAAUUAUUCUUUACAGAGCACUUUGACUCAACACAUGAGAACACACACAGGUGAAAAACCAUUCAAUUGUUCAGUUUGUGGCGAAAGCUUUUCUCACAAAUACUCUUUGAGUCACCACAUCAGAACACACACAGGUGAAAAACCAUUUUAUUGUUCAGUUUGUGGCAAAAGCUUUUCUUUUAAGAGAUAUUUGACUAAACACAUGAGAACACACACAGGUUAAAAACUCGUUAAGUUGUUCAGUUUGCUGCAAAAGCUUUUCUCAAAAUAGUUCGUUGACUUAACACAUGAGAACACACACAGGUGAAAAACCAUUUAAUUGUUCAGUUUGUGGGGAAAGCUUUUAUCGCAAUAACUCUUUGACUCCCCACAUGAGAACACAUGUGGUGUGUUCAGUUUGUGGCACAACAUUUUCUGUUAAGAGAAAUUUGACUGAACACAUGAGAACACACACAGGUGAAAAACCAUUUAGUUGUUCAGUGUGCUGUAAAAGGUUCACACAUAAUGCAGACGCAGUAAAACACAUAAGAAAACACAAGGGAAAAUAACCAAUUAGCUGUUUAGUUUGUGGUAUGUUGCUCAUAUGUGGUGACAUCCACCCUACCCAGGACCUCCUCACUGCUUCUUUCACAAAUAUCUGAGGUAUUCAUACAAACUUGGAUUAUUUGGAGCAUAAUCUUAUCCACUCAUGACCCCAUGUCUUCUCUGUAUCUGAAACCUUCCUGAACAGUAAGAUAGAUGAUGCUUCAAGUGCUUGGUUACUCCUUCUUCAGUCCAGGGACCUGGGGCCUCAUGUGUCAAGUUUGUGCACGCUCAAAAACCUGCACUACACCCUUUUUCACUGCAAAGUUGAGAUGAAUCAAAACUGACAUAAUUAAAAUGCAGCAUGAGACACUGCACACUGAUAUAGUUCUGUGAAAAUGAUUGUCUUCUGUGCAAAUGUAAAGAAAGUGAACAGUGUGUGAUUUACUGCAAUACUGUCAGUCUUUUAACUUUUUAUUUGUGCUUUGUUGAAAUUGUUCACACAUUGCACAGCUUUUAUUUUUCUAUCAAUACACAUUAUGUCUAGAAGACAGGAAGUAACUCAACACUCUUGAAUAGUUUCUACCUCAGUUUGUAUGGUUUGUUGAGUUAGCACAGGAUUAAUAUGUGGAAAUGACAAAUGAGGUAGUUGAUACAUAGAAUAGUUUUUAUUCAUGCUUUAUUUAGUUUCUUGUUCAAUCCUAGAUGGGUUGUGACUUAAAGUUUAAUAGAAAACUGAGAUUAAGUCUAAAUUCAUUUUGUUCAUCAAGGUGUUUUGGAAAAUGCACCAUUUUCCCCCCUCUGAAUGUUCAACUAACUUGGAAGUGUUUUGUCAAGAAGAUUAUUUGUGAUAUGUACAUUUUCAGAAUGUGCUUGUUCUAUU